ACAGGGUUUUCCUCAGACUUGAAGCGACGACGAGCACACAAAAGGGGACGAGGAAUUCAGGGUGUGCCAGAAUACUCCGAAGAGGAGUUAAGAGGGUCGGUUUAUGGUUCCAGUGAGCUGUCUGGGUCCCCAAAAAGGCUUCUGAAGAUGGACAAACCUGUGAGGCCAAGACUGGCCUCCGUCAGAGACUUUCAGUUUGGAGCUGUUGCCGCAGAGACGAUCGAAGAUGCUCUUUUCCACCUGGCCCAGCAGAAUGAGCAAGCAGUGCAGGAGGCUGCCGGCCAGAUGGGCAGCUUCAGGGAGACCCGUUUCGUGGAGUUUGUUUUUCUCCUCUCUGAACAAUGGUGUCUGGAGAAAUCUGUGAGUUACCAGGCUGUAGAAAUCCUAGAAAGGUUUAUGAUUAAACAGGCAGAGAGUAUCUGCAGACAAGCCACAAUCCAGCUGAGAGAUAAGACAGAGUCUCAGACUUGGAGGGCUCUGAAAGAGCAGCUUUUCAACAAGUUUAUCCUGCGUCUUGUGUCAUGUGUUCAGCUGGCAAGCAAACUGUCUUUCCACUACAAAAUAAUCAGCAACAUUACUGUCCUGAAUUUCCUCCAGGCUCUAGGGUAUCUACACACUAAAGAAGAACUGCUGGAGUCAGAGCUUGAUGUUCUGAAGUCUCUGAACUUCCAAAUCAAUCUGCCUACUCCUCUGGCAUACGUGGAGAUGCUCCUAGAGGUUUUAGGAUACAAUGGCUGUUUGGUCCCAGCCACACAGCUGCAUGCAACCUGCCUGACCUUGCUCGACCUAGUCUAUCUUCUGCAUGAACCCAUAUAUGAGAGCCUGCUGAGGGCUUCAAUUGAGAACUCCACACCCAGUCAGCUGCAAGGAGAGAAGUUUGUUUCAGUGAAGGAAGACUUCAUGCUGUUGGCAGUAGGAAUUAUUGCAGCAAGUGCUUUCAUCCAAAACCAUGAGUGUUGGGGCCAGGUUGUAGGGCAUUUGCAGGCCAUCACUGGCAUCUCCUUGGAGAGCAUCGCUCAGUUCUCUUAUGCAAUCCUGACUCACAGCGUGGGAGCCAACACUCCCGGGCGACAGCAGCCUGGCCCUCCCCGCCUGGCAGCCAGAGCUCUGAGGGCUGCUGCCGCCUCCACCACAUGAGGCAGUGGGAAUCCGCCAAAUAUAAACAGCCUUCCAUCACUGCACUCCUUCCUCCCUAUGUUUACUUUCAUACUCAGGGUACAAAAGUUCCAAGCAUCUUUUGAACCAUGUUUUAUACUGCAAUUUCAUGCUUAUUUUUCUCCUUCAGAGAAAGGGUUAAAGUGGACAAGCCUGUCCUUCUUGUCACAUUAGAUGGAAGGUGUCAGAGAACGGAGAGGAGACAGAGUAUUAGUGAAGUUGGUUCAUUUCUGUUCAAUAAGAUAUUUAUGGCUUUUAAUUGUUCAUUUCAUUAAGAGAAAACAUCAGGCAUGGAGAUUAGUAUUAAACAGGGCCAAAAACCAGACCAUCUGGGUGACCCUGACUGAGCAAGGAGGCAGCCUUUUUUCCCCUUGAAGUUAGUUUAACUUCUCUGUUGUUAUUGAACUCCACACAAAUAGGGCUUCCUCUAUAGUUCUCUAUUUCCACUACAGUCUUUUUUAAAACUAACACUAAACAUAUUUCAGUAGAAUUUCCACAUACCUGCACUUGAACUCAAUUCUUCUGGAAUACAAAGUACUCUAUUUUAGUUAAAGAAAAACCUACCAUUGCACCUCUAGACAGUUAUCAGACUGCAGUAAAUCUUUUAUUACAAAUAAUUAAAUCUCUCCAUAAUGUCUCAAACACUCAUAUCUCUAACACAGAGCAGAGUAGGCAUUCAGUACUAGGACUGAGUGAGGAGAAGUGUUAAG